AUGAUCAGAAACUGGAGGAUGUUCCUUUGCCUAUUGGCCGCCUUGGGAGCCCUGAUCCUAGAAGUCGAAGGGAGUCCUUACAUAGAUCCUACUUCAAGCACGAGUCCCUUCAGUUCAGAGGAAGAGCUUCAAACUGAGAGGCAAACUACCACCAACUUAGAAGAUCAACCAGUAGACGAACCGUACGUACAGAUGAGGAUUGCCGACUGCCUCGAUGACGCUGACCAAUUAUUUGUUGAGAAUGAAGUUGAGCAGAAAUUGAAUUGCCAAGCUAGGAUACCCGACGCCAUUGCCAUCUGCGACGAGAUAUUUGAGAAGCACAAAGUCUGUUUUAGCCGCCCCAUGAAGCCCAUUUACCGCGCACUAAUCCUAGUUGUUAAGUCCCACUAUAGAACAGCCUGUUUAACGAUCAGGGAACAAGAGAAGACCCAAGCAGAGUUUAAUAGGCAGUUCAUCGAUGAUGCCGACACGAUGAAAGCUUUGUUUGCUUUAUCUCUUUACGAUUCACAAUCACAACGCGAAGAGCUCCAAUGAUGAAUCAGUAUCUUUCUAAAAGGAAAUGUUACAGAUCUUAUAGAUCGGUUAAUCUUAUCGACAGUAUAGAAAAAUCGGUAUUUCUAUAACACUUUAGUAGGACACUUUUAAUAACAUGCUCCCACCAUAUAAAUUAUAUACCCGCUACUCAUCUCCUCCACCCACAAUUUAAUUAACCAUUAAAGUUUAAACGGUAUGGUUUCUAUAACUAGUAUAUAACUCUACAA